AUGAAUUAUUCAUAUAAUCAAAUAUGUAUAUGUCCAUUUCAUAUAACAAGCAUAUUAUUGGAAUAUUUUCUAAAAUAUAAAUUGAAAAUUGAAAAUAUCAUUAAAGAUAUAACUAAUUAUGAACAACAUAUUUAUUCUAUUGAUACUGAAUUACAUGAAAGACUUCACAUAGUAUGGUUGGGGUAUUUCUACGAAUUGUAUGUACAACCGGAUGCUUUAUAUGGAAUCAUGUGGAUAUUUAGUCCAUUGAAUGAUUUACAAAUCAUAAAAAAUAAUCUUAUUUGGUCAAAGAAAAUUCCAGCGAAAUUUCGAUUUCACUGUUCUCGUUGCAAUCACAUAUGGACAUCGAAAAAAGGAUCUAUUAAUAUAUUUAUUGGUCAUCAUCCAUUAAACCGAAUCAUUAAUCAAUCUGGUUAUAUAAUUAAUAUUUAUGAAUUUCUGUUCUCUUUAGAUCAACAAAAAUGUAUACAAUGUAAUUCGAAUAAUUUAAUUUCAGGAUCAACAUAUCCACAUGAAGUGAUAAAAGUUCUAUCAUAUGUUCGAAAUUAUAUUACUAUUAGACCGAUAUACUUCAAUGCACCUCAAUAUGGAUACCAAAUUGAAUUUUUAAAAACUUUAUUUACUUCUAAUCAGCAAAGGUCUGAAAACAAAGAAACGAUUAAUUGUCAAAUCAGAUCUAAUGAUAACAGUGAGACGUUCAAAGAAAUAUGUCCAAUGGAAACGGAUAAAUUCAACAAUUCUUUGAAACAGUCAAAUGAAAAUUCAAAGGCAAUUAAACCAUCUAAAAAUGAUCCAUUGAAUGAAGAGAAUGUAAACUAUAAUCAAAAAUGUAAUAAUUCGACUGAAAAUCAAUCUCAUCCUUCAACAAACACUGAAGAAAAAUCAUCAGAGCAACUAACACAAGAUAACAAUGAACAAGUUAUUAUGACUGGAAAUAAGUUGAAUAACAUGAUCAAGAACGAUGAGGAUCCUUUAUUAAAAAAGGAAACAGUCAGUUUGAAAUUCCCUCCUGAACCUACUCAAAUUGAAUCUACAACAUUUAAUAAAUUAAAACAAUUCGAAAAUCAUAAAAAUAAUAAAAAGAUGUCCAUUCGCACAUCUCGAUAUAUUUAA